AUGGCAACCAAAGACCGCAUAACCUGCCACAUCCUCGACACCUCCAAGGGCCAGCCAGCCCGUUCGGUGCGCGUCAAGCUCGAGCUUCUCUCUUCCACCUCCUCCACCUCCACCCCAUCAUCAUCAUCCACAUCCACCGAACCUACUACCUCCCACCAAACCCCCAGCAAAACCUUCGAAUCCAUAACCGACGAAGACGGCCGCAUCAAGACCUGGCUGCCCUACUCCUCGGCGCUUUCGUCGGGCGAAGUCCCCGUCUACACUUUGGAAGACGUUUUGGUGAACGACAUCAAGGGUCCGUCGCGAUGGAUGUUGCGGUUUGAUACGGCCGGGUAUUUCGGCGGGGAGAACAAGACUUUCUUCCCCGAGGUGACGGUGGUGUUUAGGGUGGAGGAGGGGCAGACGUAUCAUGUGCCGUUGCUGUUGGCGCCGUAUAGUUAUUCUACUUAUCGGGGGAGUUAA